AGCCGGUGGCUGCGGUGCCCGGCUCGGCUUUACAUCGCCCGUCUUUCCUGGUCGUCGAGAGGAGUGGCUGCCCAUCCCUCUGGGUUUCUGGCAGCGUCAUGGCAGAGCUGGAGAGCCUGGAGUUCGGCAAAGCAGAUUUCGUGCUUCUCGACACCGUGUCUAUGCCGGAGUUCAUGGCCAAUCUCCGGUUGAGGUUUGAAAAAGGACGGAUCUACACAUUUAUAGGGGAAGUAGUUGUUUCUGUAAAUCCUUACAAGAACUUGAAUAUCUAUGGCCGUGAUACAAUUGAGCAGUACAAAGGGCGGGAGCUGUAUGAGAGGCCACCUCAUCUCUUUGCCAUAGCUGAUGCUGCAUAUAAAGCCAUGAAGAGACGAUCAAAGGACACAUGCAUUGUAAUAUCAGGUGAAAGUGGAGCAGGUAAAACAGAAGCAAGUAAAUAUAUUAUGCAGUACAUAGCUGCCAUCACUAAUCCAAGCCAGAGAGCUGAAGUUGAGAGGGUGAAGAACAUGCUGCUGAAAUCCAACUGUGUUCUGGAAGCUUUUGGCAAUGCAAAAACUAACCGUAAUGACAACUCCAGCCGCUUUGGAAAAUACAUGGAUAUCAAUUUUGAUUUCAAAGGAGACCCAAUAGGUGGGCACAUCAAUAACUACUUGCUGGAAAAGUCCCGAGUGAUUGUGCAGCAACCAGGAGAGCGGAACUUUCACUCCUUCUACCAGCUUCUUCAAGGAGGCUCUGAGCAGCUUCUGCGAUCUUUACAUCUCCAUAAAGAUUUAUCUGCAUAUAGCUAUAUUGGUGCUGGAGUACAACCAAAGUGUGCCAUUAAUGACAGCGCUGACUUCAAAGCUGUUGCUGAUGCAAUGAAAGUGAUUGGGUUUGGACCAGAGGAGGUUCAGACAGUGUACAAAAUCCUUGCUGCCAUUCUGCACUUGGGCAACUUGAAAUUUUCUGUGGAUGGGGAAACACCAAUGAUUGAAAACAGCAAGCUAGUAUCUGUCAUUGCAGACCUGCUUUCAACUAAGGCUGAUAUGGUGGAGAAGGCCCUGCUUUUUCGAACUGUAGCUACUGGUCGUGACAUCAUUGAUAAGCAACACACAGAGCAAGAAGCCACUUACGGCAAGAAUGCAUUUGCAAAGGCAAUAUAUGAGCGUCUUUUCUGCUGGAUUGUGAUGCAUAUCAAUGAUGGGAUUGCAGUGAAAGACCACAACAGCACAGUUCAUGGCAAAAACACAGUCAUUGGAGUCCUUGAUAUCUAUGGCUUUGAGAUCUUUGACAAUAACAGUUUUGAACAAUUCUGCAUUAAUUACUGCAAUGAGAAGCUGCAACAACUCUUCAUUCAACUUGUUUUGAAGCAAGAACAGGAGGAAUACCAGAGAGAGGGGAUUCCUUGGAAGCACAUUGACUACUUCAACAACCAGAUCAUUGUUGAUCUUGUGGAGCAGCAACAUAAGGGGAUCAUAGCCAAUUUGGAUGACGCGUGCAUGAAUGUUGGAAGAGUCACUGAUGAGAUGUUCCUGGAGGCUCUUAACAAGAAGUUGGGCAAGCAUGCUCAUUUUUCCAGCAGAAAGCUUUGUGCCACAGAUAAAAACCUGGAAUUUGAUAGAGACUUUCGGAUUAAACACUAUGCUGGAGAUGUUAUUUAUUCAGUCAUUGGAUUCAUUGAUAAAAAUAAGGACACUUUAUUUCAAGAUUUCAAGCGUUUGAUGUAUAACAGUUCCAACCCUGUGCUGAAAAAGAUGUGGCCAGAAGGUAAACUGAGUAUAACAGAAGUGACCAAGCGACCACUGACUGCUGCUACGCUUUUUAAGAACUCAAUGAUUGCCUUAGUGGACAACUUGGCAUCCAAGGAACCAUACUAUGUUCGCUGCAUUAAACCCAAUGACAAGAAGUCACCACAGCUGUUUGAUGAAGAACGAUGCAGGCAUCAGGUUGAAUAUCUUGGACUUCUGGAAAAUGUAAGAGUACGGCGGGCAGGAUUUGCCUAUCGCCAAACUUACGAGAAGUUUCUUCACAGGUACAAAAUAAUCCCUGAAUUUACUUGGCCAAAUCACAAACUACCAUCUGACAAGGAGGCUGUGAAGAAAUUGAUUGAGCACUGUGGAUUCCAAGAUGAUGUAGCAUACGGAAAGACAAAGAUUUUCAUUCGCACCCCACGAACACUCUUCACGUUGGAAGAAUUGCAUGCAAAGAUGCUUGUAUGGGUGAUUCUCUUUCUACAAAAGGUUUGGAGAGGCACAUUAGCUCGACUCCGAUACAAGAGGACCCGAGCUGCCCUCAAGAUUAUAAAAUGUUACCGUCGAUACAAAGUGAAGUCUUACAUCUAUGAGGUUGCCCGGCGAUUUCAAAAUGUGAAGUCUAUGAAAGAUUAUGGGAAGCAUGUGAAAUGGCCUAAUCCUCCAAAAGUUCUGCGACGGUUUGAAGAAGCUCUGCGUGCAAUCUAUUACAGAUGGAGAGCACAUGAACUAAUCAAAAGUAUCCCACCCAAAGAUUUGCCACAAAUCAGGGCAAAAGUGGCAGCAGUGGAGUUGCUUAAGGGCCAUCGAGGAGAUAUUGGGUUGCAAAGGGCCUGGCAGGGCAACUAUCUUGCAUUGAAUCCAGAUAAUUUUCAGGCUACAGGCUCAUUUACUCCUGCUAUUUCUGAGUUGCAACGAAAGGACAAAUUCAUGAGGAUUCUUUUUUCAUCUCAAGUUCGUAAGAUAAACCGCUUCAAUAAGGUAGAAAAUCGAGCAAUUUUUAUAACUGACAGGCAUCUUUAUAAGAUGGACCCUACAAAGCACUACAAAGUGAUGAAAACUAUCCCACUAUAUAAUCUAACAGGACUGAGUGUCUCCAAUGGAAAGGAUCAGCUUGUGGUUUUCCAUACAAAAGAUAACAAAGACCUAAUUGUCUGUCUUCUCAAUAUGCAUUCACUUAAUGAGAACAGAAUUGGGGAGCUGGUUGGAGUCUUGGCAAAUCACUUCAAAAGGUAAGUAUGAAUGCAUACUUC